ACCCUGCCCCCUUUUCAUUUGCAACAUGGCCGCCGCGAGGAGACACAAACGCGUGGCGGCGUCUCAGCCUGGCUUUUUACCUUUAAAAUCAGAUGCAGAUAAUAAUAAUAAUAAUAAUGAUGGUGGAAGUGCAAAGCCUGGGCGCCGAAAGCGUGUCAGCAAAAACAAGAAAAAGAACUGGAACAAGUACAGCGAUGUUCAGGAUGUCGAGGAGUUUUUAGAGGACGUGAGACUCCAAGAAAGAGCUACAGGAGGUCUGAUCGCAGAAAAACCAGACGAAAGUCUCUUUUUUGUGGACACCGGAGAGAAAAAAAGCACCCCAAAGCCAGCAGCUGUAAAGAAGGGUAAACGCUCCAAGCCACUGCGGAUAGAUCUGAUCCUGCAGCCAGAUUCCCAUGUUCCAGCACCUAAAGAUAUCCUGGCCUAUCAGCAUCCCAAUGCCAAGAAGCUGCGCCGCAUGGCCGAGAAGGCCGAGAAGCUGGCUGCCAUGGGUGUGCUGCCUCGCAGAGAGAAGCUCAUGCGGCUACGCAAGACGGCAAGAACUCGUGUUAAAGAGAAACCUGAAGACUACAAGGAUCCAGCAAGGAGCUUUUACGAUCUGUGGAGUGCAGGCAGCCCUGACACUGCAGAUCCCUACUACCUUGAGCAGACCAAGAAGAAGCUGGUUAAGAGACCAGAGAAGCUGAAUGAGAAGCCCUCCAUCCUCCCUGCUGUUGAAGUCAUUGCCCCUGGAGGCUCUUACAAUCCUGAUUUUCUUUCCCACCAGACGUUGCUGCUGGAGGCUCAUGAGGCUGAGGUGAAAAAGGUGAAGGCUGAAGAGAAGCUGGAAAGAAAGCUGGCGUUAAAUAGGAUGGACAUCGCUACUGAGGAGAGCACCUUCAGAGAACAGGUCGAAGGCCUGAUCGAGGAAGACGAAGGGGACGAAAAGAAAGAAACGCAGGAGGAUUCCAAAGAUGCGGCCAUCGGGCCGACGGCACAGCCGGAGAAAAAAACCGAGAGACAAAGAAAGAGGGAGAAAGCAGAGAGAAUAAAGGAGCUGCGGAAGGCGGCGGAGAGGAAGAAGCUCCAGAGUCGACAGCAGCUGUUCCAGCUGCGCUCCAUCGGUGCUGACGUGAAGCAGAGGGAGCUGAGGACCAAGAUGAGACAGACGAAGCGGAAAGCAAAACAGGAGGCAGAGAGAGCACUGCCUCGCCGUCUGGGAAAGCUGAGGUUCCAGGAUCCUGAUCUGGAAGUGCAGUUAAGCGACGAACUUGCCGGCUCUCUCCGCACACUAAAGCCAGAGGGCAGCGUGUUAAAAGAUCGCUUUAAGAGCUUACAGAAGAGGAACCUGAUCGAACCCAGAGAGAGGGCUAAGUUCAAGAGGAAACACAAGGUGAAAUAUGUAGAGAAGCGGGCUUUCAGAGAAAUCCAAUGAUCACAAAUCCGGUUCCAUUCUGCUGUUUGCGCUGUCGGAGUCGUCCAAUCGUGUCGCUCGAUGCUGUUAGAUGCUGUCUGGUUAACCAGGCUUGUCUGAUCACCUAAAUCCCCCCAGUGUGAUGAGACGAGCGUUCAGCAUAAGCUGAUCAGUGAGAGCUGUCUCAUUCCUCCCGCUUUCACUGAAUUAAAAAAUCAGCCAUGAUGUUUCUGUAGUGAAAUGUCGUGGUUAUGUACUCUAAAGAAAAGGUUUCAAUUUCUAAUUUCUGCGUUUUUGACAAAUUCCGAGUUCACAAGAAGCAGCUGUGAAAACUGACUUUUGCAGCUUUGAACAUUUUCAGUGAAAGCUGAAGAAUUUCUCUUAACAAAAUGUCAAAAUGUCCAUCACAUGGAUGAAUAUGGAUAAUAAAGUACUAUUUAAUAACA